AUAAAUCCCCUUGUGGAAAGCUGAUGAGUCAGGAGGAUCUGCAUGUGUGUCUGCAUGUGGCUGAGAGGAAAGAAAGGGACACUGGGAAACGGUGUGCUCUCUGUGGGUGUCUGUAGCUAGCAGGUGGCCUCAUGCAUGAUACACCCUCCUUCUAAAUCAUUGGAAGGAGGAAGAAACCCAUAUCCCAUCUGAUUCAUCAGCUUCUUCUGCUAUAGUCAACUUCUUCUUUUGCUAUCUCCUCUUCUCUUCUAUAUCCCUGUAGUACCUUUUCUCUGUAGCUUUUGGUCCAUCUCACACGUUGUUCCCGUCCCUCUUCAUGGAUAUUGGUGGCCUGACGACAGUGGUGGCCAACUCUGCCUACAUCUCAGCCCGUGGGAGCGUGGAUGGCACAGCCAACCCUGCAUCCAAUCGAGACAAGAAGUACCACUCCCGCCUGACGCUGCCUCACAUCACGGUGUGCGAGGGUCUGCGGGAGACUUUAGACCUGGGCUUCCAGACGGUUUGUGUGGAGCAGCCCAUCGGCAAACGACUCUUCCGAGAGUUCUUAGACUCCAACAAGGAGUAUAAAGGUCCCUGCCGUCUGUGGAAGGAUAUCGAGGAGUACAACAUGGCUGAGGAUGAGGAUCGUGUACAGAAAGCAAGCAACAUGUUUUCCCGGUACAUGGAGCCUGGCACCAAGUAUUUCUGCCCCUCCCUGCCAGAAAACGCCAUCACAAAGGUCAAAGAGAAACAUCAGGAGGCUGGGGACGAUCUUUUCAAUGAAACCAUGGACAAUGUGAUGGACUUCCUCAAGGAAGUGCCCUACACUUUCUUCCUGGAGAGCAUGUAUCUGCAGAGGUUUCUGCAGUGGAAGUGGCUGGAGAUGCAGCCCAUGGGAGAGGACUGGUUCUUGGACUUUCGUGUGUUGGGGAAAGGGGGUUUUGGGGAAGUGUCUGCCUGUCAGAUGAAGGCCACAGGGAAACUGUACGCCUGCAAGAAGCUCAACAAGAAGAGGCUGAAGAAGAGGAAAGGCUGUGAGGGGGCGAUGGUAGAGAAGAGGAUCUUGGCUCGAGUUCACAGCAGGUUCAUUGUUUCUUUGUCCUACGCCUUCCAGUCGAAAACUCAGUUGUGUCUGGUCAUGACCAUCAUGAAUGGAGGAGACCUGAGAUUUCACAUUUACAACGUGGAUGAAAACAACCCGGGGUUUGACGAACCACGGUCCUGCUACUAUGCAGCUCAGAUCAUCCAGGGCCUGGAGCACCUCCACCAGAAGAGGAUCAUCUACAGGGACCUCAAACCAGAGAACGUGCUGCUGGAUAAUCAAGGUAACGUACGUAUCUCUGACCUUGGUCUGGCCGUGGAGCUUGCAGAAGAUCAGUUCAAAAUCAAAGGCUACGCUGGGACGCCAGGUUUCAUGGCUCCAGAGUUGCUGAAAGGAGAAGAGUACGACUACUCUGUAGAUUAUUUCACUCUGGGCGUCACUCUGUAUGAGUUCCUGGCUGCCAAAGGACCGUUUAGGACCAGAAGGGAGAAGGUGGAGAACAAGGUGGUGAAGAGGCGGAUCCUGAACGAUGCAGUGACAUAUCCUGAGAAGUUCAGUGAGAGCGCUCGCUCCAUCUGUGAGGCUCUGCUGAGCAAAGAGGUCGAUAAGAGGCUCGGCUUCAAGAACGGAUCAUGUGACGAGCUCAGGGCGCAUCCCUUCUUCAGCGAGAUCCACUGGUGGAAACUGAACGCAGGGAUCCUUCCACCUCCUUUCGUACCAGACCCGAAGACAGUUUAUGCCAAGAACGUUGACGACGUCGGGGCCUUCUCCACAGUUAAAGGUGUGCAGCUGGAGGAAAAGGACAUGGUCUUUUUUAAUGAGUUCUCCUCAGGGAACAUCUCCAUCCCCUGGCAGGAGGAGAUGAUCGAGACGGGGAUCUACGGCGAGCUCACAGUCUGGGGCCCGGACGGCGCUUUGCCCAACAACCUGCGGCGGGAAUCCAUCCUGGAGCAGCCGCCCAAGUCGUCCACCUGCACGGUGUCAUGAGAGGCUGCAGAACUGUUGGUCUAUCAGUGAAUUGAACUGCAUUCCAUGAGCACUUUAUGGGUUUAAAAUGGAAUAAAUUCAUCUGUUUAUAGAUCAUGACGAUGCACUUUUUCAUGUAUUUACCUCAAAAAUAACUGUUGAGCAACCUUGUAACAAUCUUUUUGUGGAAAAUGUUGGAUUAUUGCAGACAGCUUCAAUCUGGAACACGAUUGUCUGUUUCUUACAUUUUCUUACAUUUUUAUUUGAGGUGUGAAUGAUCAGUUUUGAAUGUGAAUGAAGUGUUUUCUUAACAUUUCCUAACAUUCAAGCCCAGCAUGGUGCAGAUCUCAAUCACACUUUGGAUGACAAAUUCAUGAUGAAAACAUGUCUGUACUCUUCUCUACUGUGUUUUAACCAUUUCUCUUUUCUUUUUUUUAAAUCCAUUGUUUCCGAGAUAUUUAUGAAUUCAUAUUAAAUAUGUUGUCAUUAAAAUGUAAAA